GGGGAAUUGUGUGUGGAAGGGGCUGAGGAUUGUGGUCGCUGUGGCGGUGUUGGGCGCGGAGAGCCGCUGUCAGUCCUCGGUUGUAGUGUCGCCGCCGCCAUGAGCUACACAGGCUUUGUCCAGGGAUCUGAAACCACUUUGCAGUCAACAUACUCGGACACCAGCGCUCAGCCCACCUGUGAUUAUGGAUAUGGAACUUGGAACUCUGGGACAAACAGAGGCUACGAGAACUAUGGCUAUGGCUAUGGCUAUGGCCAGGAUAACACCAACUAUGGGUAUGGUAUGGCCACUUCAAACUCUUGGGAAAUGCCUAGCUCUGACACAAAUGCAAACCCUAGUGCCUCGGGUAGCGCCAGUGCUGAUUCCGUUUUAUCCAGAAUUAACCAGCGCUUAGAUAUGGUGCCGCACUUGGAGACCGACAUGAUGCAAGGAGGCAUGUAUGGCUCAGGUGGAGAAAGAUACGACUCCUAUGAGGCCUGUGACUCAAGGGCCGUUCUGAGUGAGCGCGACCUGUACCGGUCGGGCUAUGACUACGGCGAGCUUGAUCCUGAGAUGGAAAUGGCCUAUGAGGGCCAAUAUGAUGCCUACCGUGACCAGUUCCGCAUGCGUGGAGGCGACACCUUUGGUCCAAGGGCUCAGGGCUGGGCCCGGGAUGCCCGGAGUGGCCGGCCAAUGGCAUCGGGCUAUGGGCGCAUGUGGGAAGACCCUAUGGGGGCCCGGGGCCAGUGCAUGCCUGGUGCCUCCCGGCUGCCUUCCCUCUUCUCCCAGAACAUCAUCCCUGAGUACGGCAUGUUCCAGGGCAUGCGUGGUGGGGGCGCCUUCCCAGGCAGCUCCCGCUUUGGCUUUGGCUUUGGCAAUGGCAUGAAGCAGAUGAGGAGAACUUGGAAGACCUGGACCACAGCUGACUUCCGGACCAAAAAGAAAAAGAGAAAGCAGAGUGGCAGUCCUGAUGAGCCAGACAGCAAAGCUACCAGGACGGACUGCUCAGACAAUAGUGAUUCAGACAAUGAUGAUGGCACCGAGGGGGAAGCUGCAGAUGGCCCUGAAGGCACUGACGCUAUAGAGAAGGGCUCCAGAGCAGAAGGAGAGGACGAAGAGGGAAAAGAGGAUGGGAGAGAAGAAGGCAAGGAAGAUUCAGAGAAGGGGGCCCUGACUACCCAGGAUGAGAGCAGUCAGGCCAAGCGCAAAUUGCAGGCAAAUAAGAAGAGCCAAGAUAAGCAGAAAAAGCGGCAGCGAGACCGCAUGGUGGAAAGGAUCCAGUUUGUGUGUUCUCUCUGUAAAUACCGGACCUUCUACGAGGACGAGAUGGCCAGCCACCUCGACAGUAAGUUCCACAAGGAGCACUUCAAGUAUGUAGGCACCAAGCUCCCGAAGCAGACAGCCGACUUUCUGCAGGAGUACGUCACCAACAAGACCAAGAAGACAGAGGAACUCCGUAAAACCGUGGAGGAUCUUGAUGGUCUGAUCCAGCAGAUCUACAGAGACCAGGAUCUGACCCAAGAAAUUGCCAUGGAGCAUUUUGUGAAGAAGGUGGAGGCGGCCCAUUGUGCUGCCUGUGAUCUCUUCAUUCCCAUGCAGUUUGGGAUCAUCCAGAAGCACCUCAAGACCAUGGAUCACAACCGGAAUCGCAGGCUCAUGAUGGAGCAGUCCAAGAAGUCCUCGCUCAUGGUGGCCCGCAGUAUCCUCAACAACAAGCUCAUCAGCAAGAAGCUGGAGCGCUACCUUAAGGGCGAGAACCCUUUCACCGACAGCCCGGAGGAGGACAAGGAACAGGAAGAAGUGGAGGGCGGCGCUUUGGAAGAGACAGCGCCCGGCGAAGCGGUGGGGGCCGCGACUGGGGCCCAGGGCAUCCCUGCACCGCCCCCUGUUCCCCCGGAGCCGGCACCCGAGAAUGCGUCUCCGCCGCCGCCGCCACCCCCCGAGGAGGAAGAGGAGGGCGCCGUGCCCUUGCUAGGCGGGGCGCUGCAGCGGCAGAUCCGCGGCAUCCCAGGCCUUGACGUGGAGGAUGACGAGGAAGGCGGCGGGGGCGUCCCGUAACCCGGGCCGGCGGGGCCGAGGCUGGAAAUAGAGUCAAAUAAAAAUUUUCCCCCGAC